GGAGGAAGUGCGCGUCGCCGCCCGCGUUCUGAGUUCGGAGCGUCGGCGUUCGGUUCCCUUGUUCCUCUCCAUGCCCAGGGACCGAGGCCGCGCGCCGUGGGCCGGGACUCCCUUCCCUACGGGCCCGCUGCCCGGGCUGGGUCCACCUAGGGCCUCCUCACGCGGGGCCGCUCGGGAGCCUGCGGACCCGGGAUGGCUCAGUCCAUGUCCCCUAAAUUUGACGUGUUGAGUCAAGAUGAACUGCGCAAAAAGCUGUACCAGACGUUUAAGGAUCGAGGCAUACUGGACACGCUCAAGAUACAACUCCGAAACCAGCUAAUUCAUGAGUUGAUGCAUCCUGUGUUGAGUGGAGAUUUGCAGCCCCAGUCCAUUUCUGUGGAAGGGAGCGCCCUCCUAACCGGUGCUUCUAAUUCUCUGGUCGCAGAUCACUUACAAAGGUGUGGCUAUGAGUAUUCACUUUCUGUUUUCUUUCCGGAAAGCGGCUUGGCAAAAGAAAAGGUACUUACUAUGCAGGAUCUGUUACAACUCAUUAAAAUCAACCCCGCAUCCAGUCUCUACAAAUCACUGAUUUCAAGAUUUGAUCAAGAAAACCAAAAAGGUUUCCUCAUGCACUUUUUAAAAGAAUUGGCAGAAUAUCACCAGACUAAAGCAAGCUGUGAUGUGGAAACUCAGACAGCGCCAUUUGCCGGCAAAGACACUCUUGCCGAGAAGUUUCAGCGUAUUGAUGAUCACUUUGCAGAUAGUUACCCGCAACAUCAAAAGUUAGAAUCUUUGGAGAUGAAGCUAAAUGAGUAUAAAAAAGAAAUAGAAAAGCAACUUCGGGCAGAAAUGGUUCAUAAGUUGGCGUAUUUUAAAGAAACCGAACUAGGAAAAGUUAAAAUGGAAGAGAAAAGAAAAUGUGAGAAGGAAUUAGCUGAGUUGCGGAAUGAAUUUGAAAGAGCUUGUCAAGCAAAAUCCGAAGCCAUCAUUUCUCGGGAAAAGAUGUCCCUUGAGAGAAUUCAAAAGCACCAGGAGACUGAAACAAAAGAAAUUUAUGCUCAAAGGCAGCUUCUACUAAAAGAUAUAGACGUGCUAAGAGGCAGAGAAGCAGACCUGAAGCAAAGAAUUGAUGCUUUUGAAUUGGCCCAGAGAAUGCAGGAAGAAAAAAACAAGAGCGUGAAUGAUGCACUCAAGAGACGGGAGCUGAAUAUCAAGAGCCUUGAGGAGACCUAUGACCAAAAGCUCAAAAAUGAACUUCUAAGGUAUCAGCUGGAACUGAAGGAGGACUACAUCAGCAGAACUAACAGUCUGAUUGAGAAUGAAAGGAAGAGUAAAGAAAAAGCUACAUAUUUGCAAGAGGAGUUCGCUGCUGUUAAUUCAAAAAAGGAGGAAUUCAAUUUAUCUGUAAAUCGUGUGAAGGAACUUGAGCUUGAGUUAGAAUCUGUCAAAGACAAGUUCAUGGCUCUAACAAAGCAAAACCACCUGCUGAAUGAAAAGCUUGAAGAGAUGAGUGACUAUUCAUCACUGAAGGAAGGGAAACUGGAGCUUCAGGCACAAAAUAAAUUACUGAAGCAACAACUGGAAGAAAGUAGAAAUGAAAACGUGCACCUCCUAAACCGCCUAGCUAAGCCAUCUCCUGAACUGGUAGUUUUUCAGAAAGAACUAAGGAAAGCAGAGAAUGCUAUAGCAUAUGAGCAUAAGGAGUUUGAAACCCACAAACAAGCUCUGCAAAAACAGCUGCAAAGUGAAAUUGAGCAUUCUGUACAGCUGAAGGCCCAAAUGCUAGAAUACGAUGCUUCUGUAAAGAGGUUGACUAUGCAGGUGGCUGAUUUAAAAUUGCAACUGAGAGAAGCUCAGACAGCCCUCGAGAAUGAAGUCUACCGCAACUCCAAGCCGCCCCUCCUAGAUGGCUCCGUCAGUGCAUUCAUGAGUAGCAAGGUGGUGCCUCAUGGACAUGAUAUAACUAGAGACUUCUUGAAAAGUUCUCUGGAACAGGAAAAGCUGAUGGUGAAUGCAGUCUCGUCAAAGAGUACAAGUUACCCCAAUGCCAGCACAGAGGGCUCUUCCCCUGCUUCGGACCUGGAGUUCGUCGUCAACACCAAGGCUAAGGUGAAAGCACUCGACCAGGAGGCUGAGCGGUUAGGGAAGGCUUUCCAAAAUUACCGUCAGAGAAUCAGUCAACAACCCACCAGUAGCCCAGCAGCAGCCAAAAGCCCGUCACCCCUGCAGUUGCUGAGAACUCUCAAGAACAUGGCUUCAAGUUCUCCCGAAAGAUGUAUUUUUGCAGAGGGCAGGGUGGUCUGUGAGCUGCCUCCAGAGGGCACGGAGGGCGUGCUUGGAGGGGACAAGAGCAUGGCAUCUGAAGCGCUGAUGGGAAGCACGGCCUCACCACCCAGAAGUGCCUCCUCCAGACGCCUCUCCUCCACUCCCCUCCCAAAGGCCAAGAGGAGCCUUGAUGGCGACAUGUAUCCAGAAGUUCUGGUCCAAUCCCAUGUUGCUUCCCCUACUCCUGGUCCCGACAGGACGUCCCCGCCAUCACCAGCUGACUCCAGGCACAGCCCCUCCAUCCACCUGCUGUCUAGUGCUCUGGAGCUGAAGGCCAGUCUUUACCAAAGACAAACUGAACUUCAAGACAAAAGUGAAAUUUCAAAUCCAGACAAGUCGACUUUUAAGGACAAUGAGGAAUUUGAAUUGUCUUUUGACUAUGCAGGGAGCGUGCCAAGGCAGUUUGAGGUGGAUAGGCUCCACCCUGCUGGGGACAUGCCUCACAUGGAUGCUGCCCCUGUCGCUGCCGCCGCCGCCACCGCCAUGCCUACCUCCUGUCACUAUGCAAACACAGACGAGAAACAAGUUGAGGAGCAGGAGGAAGACAGCAUAUGGAAACAGAAAGCGGAGGAACGAAGGCAGAGAGAAGAAAAAUGGCAUAGUGAACGACAAGAAGCUCUAGAAAGGGAACGAAGAGAACUAGAAAAACUGGAUCAAGAACGGAGGAUGAUUGAAGAGUCCUUGAAGAUUGAAAUGGAAAAGGAAUUAGAAGUGAAAGAGAAAUCUGCUUGCAGUGAAAACCCUCUAGAGAAAUACAUGAAAAUCAUCCAGCAGGGCCAGGACCAGGCGGCGGCGGACCAGAACUCGAGGAAGGCGGCCCAGGACCUCUCCCAAGCGGACACGCUGCCAUCUAGCGAGAAGGACGGGAGUGUCACGGGAUUUUCUCAAGAGGAAGCAGAUGACUUUUGGUGACCGUGGGUGCCCCCAGCUUCACGUAACGUAACCACAGGGCUGUGUGCUCUCUGCAGUAAGACAAAGUGCUCAAUAAAAAUUUUAUGUAACCAAUGUGGUUUGGUUUCAUAAUUUUAGUUGUGUUAUAGUGUAUAAAUCAAAAAUAGUCUCCAUGGGUCACAGCUCGGCAUUUCUCAUUCAGCCUUUCAGUAGGCUAGUAGGCUAGAAUGAGCUGGGC